AUGACUUCCGUGUUCACUCACACCGUUUCAGUGUUGUGGAUCUGUUCACAUGGCGUGAGCCAGUCAAGUGUCAGUCAGUUCGGCGGGAAGUUUGUCAAUUGUACUGUACCAACUUUAACCCAUGGCGGUGGUGACAAGAAAGUUGUGUCAUACCGUCAACAAGUGAAUUACACAUGUGACACUGGUUAUAGUAUAAAUGGAUCUGAAGCAGCAACUUGCAAUGAGAAUGGAACUUUGACAGAGCUGAAACCUGUCUGUAACAUUGUAAAUUGUACAGCACCCACACUCCUACAUGGCAGUGCAGGCAAGAAAACUGUGUCAUACCUUCAGCAUGUGAACUACACAUGUAAUACUGGGUAUAGAAUGAAUGGAUCUGCAACGGCAACGUGCAAUGCUGAUGGAACUCUACAAUUGCCUACUUGUAACAUUGUAAAUUGCACUAUGCCAAAACUCAUGAAUGGCAAUGCAGACAAGACAAUGGUGUCCUAUCUUCAGAGUGUGAACUACACGUGUAAUACUGGUUAUAGAAUGAAUGGAUCUGCAACAGCAAUGUGCAGUGCUGAUGGAACUCUACAAAUGCCUACUUGCAACAUUGUCAACUGUACUGUGCCAACUGUCGCCCGUGGCCGUGGUGACAAGAAAGUUGUGUCAUACCUUCAACAAGUGAAUUACACCUGUGACACUGGUUAUAGUAUAAAUGGAUCCGAAGCAGCAACUUGUAAUGAGAAUGGAACUUUGACAGAGCUGAAACCUGUCUGUAACAUUGUCAAUUGUACUGUACCAUCUGUCAACCAUGGCCGUGGUGACAAGAGAGUUCUGUCAUACCUUCAACAAGUGAAUUACACAUGUGACAUUGGUUAUAGUAUAAAUGGAUCUGCAACAGCAACUUGCAGUGAGAAUGGAACUUUAACAGAGCUAAAGCCUGGCUGUAACAUUGUAAAUUGCACAGUGCCAACACUCAUGAACGGCAAUGCGAACAAUAAAAUGGUGUCCUAUCUUCAGAGUGUGAACUACACGUGUAAUACUGGUUAUAGAAUGAAUGGAUCUGCAACAGCAAUGUGCAGUGUUGAUGGAACUCUACAAAUACCUACUUGCAAUAUUAUCAAUAAAUAUUGUACUGUGCCAACUGUUGCCCAUGGCCGUGGUGACAAGAGAGUUCUGUCAUACCUUCAAAAAGUGAAUUUCACAUGUGACACUGGCUAUAGUAUAAAUGGAUCAGUAACAGCAACUUGCAGUGCUACUGGAACUUUGACAGGGCUGAAACCUGUCUGUAUCAUUGUAAAUUGCACAGUGUCAACACUCGUGAAUGGCAAUGCAGACAAGACAAUGGUGUCCUAUCUUCAGAGUGUGAACUACACGUGUAAUACUGGUUAUAGAAUGAACGGAUCUGCAACAGCAAUGUGCAGUGCUGAUGGAACUCUACAAAUGCCUAUUUGCAACAUUGUCAAUUGUACUGUGCCAACUGUCGCCCAUGGCCGUGGUGACAAGAAAGUUGUGCCGUACCUUCAACGUGUGAAUUACACAUGUGACGCUGGUUAUAGCAUAAAUGGAUCUGAAGAAGCAACUUGCAAUGAGAAUGGAACUUUAACGGAGCUGAAACCUGUCUGUAAUAUUUUAAAUUGUACAGUGCCAACACUCAUGAAUGGCAAUUCAGACAAUAAAACGGUGUCAUAUCUUCAGAGUGUGAACUACACGUGUAAUACUGGUUAUAGAAUGAAUGGAUCUGCAACAGCAAUGUGCAGUGCUGAUGGAACUCUACAACUACCUAUUUGCAACAUUGUCAAUUGUACUGCGCCAACUAUCGCCCAUGGCCGUGGUGACAAGAAAGUUCUGUCAUACCUUCAACAAGUGAAUUACACAUGUGACACUGGUUACAGUAUAAAUGGAUCUGAAGAAGCAACUUGCAAUGAGAAUGGAACUUUGACAGAGCUGAAACCUGUCUGUAACAUCGUAAAUUGCACAGUGCCAACACUCCUGAAUGGCAAUGCAGACAAGACAAUGGUGUCCUAUCUUCAGAGUGUGAAUUACACGUGUAAUACUGGUUAUAGAAUGAAUGGAUCUGCAACAGCAAUGUGCAGUGCUGAUGGAACUCUACAAAUACAAAUGCCUACUUGCAACAUGGUUAUUUGCACAGUGAAAAUACUCAUGAACGGCAUUGCGGACAAGGCCAUGGUGUCCUACCUUGAGCGUGUGAACUACACGUGUAAUACUGGUUAUAGAAUGAAUGGAUCUGCAACAGCAAUGUGCAGUGCCGAUGGAACUCUACAAAUGCCUAUUUGCAACAGUAAUAGUUCGGGAGAAACUGGCUCUGGUUCCAAGAGUUCAACUGCAGUUUUGGUGUCCGUUACUAUACUGGGUGUUGGAGGGGCGGUUGUUGCCGCUGCUGUUCUCGUUUAUCAACGGCAGCAAAACGCAAAGUUGCUCACUUCAUCAUAUGACAUUGGGUUGGGCAAAGAGCAGCCUGAAGGACCAGAAGAAAGUUGUGUCGCUAUGCCCCUCAAGGGUAUCUACAAUCCUGGCCAAUCUGGAAGUGAACUAACUGGUCAUGUUUCUGAACAGCAAGGUGGAACGUAUAUGAACCGAGAGCCGGCGAAGAAGGGACAACCAAGCCCUCAGGACCCUCGAAGCCGUGUAUAUCAUAAUCUUGCGAAUAAAUACUCUGAAACAUCAUCUUACAGUACUGAUACUAUGUUGCCUGCUAAAGAUGGAAAUGAUGUCUAUGAGGAAGCAGGUGUGCAAGGUCUAUGCAAUGACAUUUAUGAGGUUGCCGACCAAAACAAAACAACACAAAGUACCCAGCAGAAACUAGUUGACACUGGCUUGGCAACACUGGAAGAUCUCGACACAACCUACGGCAACGGCGAUUCUUGCCCUGGAUCGCGCAAGAGCAGCAUGUGUAUGUAUGGCAAUGCGGAUUCUCCAAGGGUAUCAUGCUGUGAAAUUGGCCAAGCCGUCAAUUUCAACAUGGCACUGAAAUCGUCCGGGAACUUGUCACCCCUGAAACCAGACCAUUCGAUUACAGGCAACAGUAUUCUUGCAUACGACAAUCUGAACAAGGAACUAAAAUUGAACUCUCAUGUUCUGACAACAGUGUUUGGACAGAGUUCCACUGAUCCUGCCGACACUGAGUAUAUAUAUGGAAAUGCAGAGUCGCGCGAGGCCUCACGGAACAACAGUUUGGUUGGCAACGACAACAGGGAAUCAGGCCAGGCCAAUGGAAACUCGCUCCAGACCUCAUUCGCGAACAGUGUAGACUUCUGUGCCGGUGGCAUUUCCACAGUGACUUUCUCUGAGGACAAUUGCGCACGUUUUCAGAUGGGAGAAAGUAAUGCUGGAAAUGGCCUAGAUAUUCACCACUUAUCAACCUAUGAAACUCCCAAUGUUAGCGGUAACGCCAGUACCUCAGCAGGCUUGUCCGAAGAAGCGGCUACCGAAGACAUGACCUAUGAAACUCCCAAUGCUAGCGGUAACGCCAGUACCCCAGCAGGGUUGUCCGAAGAAGCGGCUACCGACGACUUGACCUAUGGAAACGCACCAUCACCAAAUGGUUCUCGUCGUGUUAGUGCUGAACUGUCCUGCACCGAGGUAUCAACGAGGGAUUCAUUUCAGGCCUCAGGGGUCAAUUCACAGCAAGAUGGUGGCAAGGCGGAGGAAACUCUGAACAUGGGACCUAAUCAGACUCCAAAUGUUUCAGCAACAGCAACUAGAAAGAGUUCCAAUUUUGGUGAUGCACCUGGAAACUUACCUGAUCAAUAUCCCACAUCUGACAAGUCUCUGCAGCCAUCUAAUGCGUGCCUAGCUCUCAGUGAUGGCCAGGGUCAGGUGUCGACAGGAAACGUACCUGUUCAACGUCAACGCACCUCAUCUCAUGCAGGCGCGAACAGUUUGAUUUCGGCAGUACCCCAAGGCGACACAAAACCUCCAGGAAGCACUGUGUCGAGAGCUUCGUCUAGUGCUGCAGGCUUCAGUGCCGCUGUUGGCAAAAAGACGCCAGCCCCAAUAUCUAACGAAAUGAAGCAGCUACAGCCAUUGCCAGUUAGAAACAUCCCGACGUCCACUACAUCAGUAGAUGAUAUAUAUGCAGACCUACCAGAGCCAAAUGAGGCUCAAGAGGAAUUCAUCGAGCGUAGCUUCAGUUCUGUCAAAGAGGAGGACGAUGGAGUGUAUGGUACCAUCAAUUAGUACCAAACCAUAUUAACACAGUUUUUAGUUUCACGUUACGUGCAUUUCCACUCCCUGAUUUCUAGGUUAAUUAACCUUUAUCCUCCCAUUGACUGUAAUGCAGGGAAGUUUUGCAUGGUGCAUUUCACCUUUUGUCUCUCACCCCACCCCCCAA